UCGGCGCGUGAGCGAGAGUCGCUCCUAAGCGCUGCUGCAUCUACUGCGAUGUGACGAGGAAUAAUAAUAAACACCGCGGUUUUCUCCCUCCUUCUUCUCCAAGAAGGUCACAUACUGCGGAAAAGACUAAACUGGUCGCGAGAUCUUUCACACGUGCUGUCUCCGGGCUUAGCUGCACAGUCUGGUGAGGAAUAAAAUGAAGUGGGAACACGGUAUGGAGUGAGCGCAACAACUCUGAAGGUCUGGCCCGAAGCUUUGCACGGCGCUCGUGGAUGUUCUCAGGAGGCGAGGGGAAUCCCGAAACAUCUAAACAAACGAGCACGCAAUCUCUCUCUCUCUCUCUCUCUCUCUCUCUCUCUCUCUCUCUCUAUAUAUAUAAACACUCCAAACGGGAGUGAAUGCUCUCCAUCAUCGGUGCAUGUCUGUAUCCUGCGUAGCUGCAUUGCUCGAGCAGCAGGAAAUGUGAACUCUUGGCAGUGUGUCCCGGGAGCGAGUGAAUGUGUGUGUGAGUGGAAGAAGCGGCGGAAUGGAGCGCACGGAGCAGGAAGCGGAAGGACCGCACGGGCCGCAGAGGCUUCGGCCCUCCUCGUACCGCGCACUGCGCAGCGCCGUGUCCAGUCUCGCGCGCAUCGAUGACUUCGUCUGCGAGAAGAUCGGCUCGGGCUUCUUCUCCGAAGUGUUUAAGGUGAAACACAGGGUGACGGGGCAGGUGAUGGCACUGAAAAUGAACACUAUUGCCAGUAACAGAGGCAACAUGUUGAAAGAGGUGCAGCUCAUGAACCGUCUCAGCCACCCCAACAUCCUCAGGUUUGUGGGAGUGUGUGUGCACGAGGGACAUCUCCAUGCUCUUACAGAGUACAUUAACGGUGGAAACCUGGAGCAGCUGUUGGAAAGUGAGGUGUUCCUGUCCUGGGCAGUGAGGAUGAGCCUCGGCCUGGACAUUGCACAAGGUCUGCAGUACCUCCACAGCAAGGGGAUAUUCCACAGAGACCUUACCUCAAAGAAUUGUCUGGUGCGUUGGGAGAAUGACGUUUGCACUGCUGUGGUUGGAGACUUUGGCCUGGCAGAGAAAAUUCCAGAUUAUAGUGAUGAGACACAGAAGCAGCCGCUGAGCAUUGUGGGCUCUCCAUACUGGAUGGCUCCUGAAGUGCUUAGAGGGGAGCAGUAUGAUGAAAAGGUGGAUGUUUUUGCCUAUGGCAUUAUCCUCUGUGAGAUCAUUGGUCGGAUUCAGGCAGAUCCAGACUUUCUGCCCCGGACAGAGGAUUUUGGUUUAGAUGUGGAAGCAUUUCAGCAUUUGGCAGGAGAAUGUCCCCCUGCUUUCUUCAGCCUAGCAGUCACCUGCUGUUGUAUGAAGGCACAAAGUCGCCCUCCAUUUUCUGAGAUAGUGGUCAAGUUGGGGAGAAUCAGUGCUGGGCAGCAGACGGUGCAGAUGGGACCUGUGGAGGGAGAACCAGUUACUCCUAGUUCCAAGUCCCCGAGCAUGAGAAGAUCAUCUUUGGGUGCCAUGGUGGAAGAUCAGCUGUCUUCGAGUAAAUCAGAUGUAUCUCCUGUCCAGAGUACACCGGCUCGCGUCAACCCCUUCUCCCAAAGGCACGACCUCAACGGCGGCCGUAUUAAACUUUUUGACACCCCCAGCAAAUCGGUCAUCUCGCUCACCUUUACCCUGCCCCCACCCCUUGAUCCAUGCAGCCCCACCCCCUGUGAGAAAGCACCAUCCCGGUCCCAUAGACGCUGCCAGUCUCUGCCCUGCACACCGGAGGACAUCCAGUCAUUAAGCAGUAACACAAACAGUAAUGCUCCCCCAAGUGCAACACCUACAAAAACUUUAACAACGGCAGCUUGUGUUGCUGAUCUUCCCCGUGUGGACAGUGAUAGUAUGGCGAACAUUUACACAGAAGUUGAACAGGAUCAAGUGUUUUGUUCUCACACAGAUGGUCUAAAUUUACUGAAUGAACCUGAGAAUGAGCACAGGACCAUAAAAAACUUGAUUCAUGAACAACUGGUAGUGGAGGAUUGCACGGACAAGCUGAAGGACUACACACACCAAGCGGACGACUCUGGUGUUCCCAUAGAUCUUGAGUUAAUGUCCAUAGAUCAUCUGACUCAGGGGAGUAUCGAGGAAGCCAUGGACUGCAUCAGCUCUCCAAAUACACCAUGUGAUUCACCCAAAAGCCUCACCAAUGGCUGGAGCCCACCUGAAUCUAACAGACCUCCAUUUGUACCCCCUAUACCUGAUUUCGACAACAACAACAGCCCACUGCAACCUUUGAAUAUUCCUGCCAACGGUUUCAAUGGUUCCACGACCCCUGUGACCCCUCCAGAACAGGAUGAGGUUGUAGCAUGUUCAGCCUGCUGCCUCGCAGGAUUCUCUUUUCCCUCCAUGUGCUACCGGGGCACGCGCCACAACCCCUACAAGAACUUAAACGGUGAUUCGACCACGAGGGAGCUGCUGUGCAGAGUGCAGCCAUCUUCACCUCCUGCACACAGCUCUCACAAUUAAGGGUGAACCGCAUGAGCGAGGACACUGCACAUUUAUCCUGCGCCUUAAAACCUGCUGCUGUUGCACAUUGCUCAAAAAGUGUUGAAUUGUGCUGGGGCUUAGUUUAUGACUUUCAAAUGGUUUAAUGGACAUUUCCUUGAGAAAACUGAGAAUAUUGUAUAAAAAAGAAAAAAAUUAUUGCACAGCUGAGCUGUUAAUGUGUACAAUAUAAUUAGGAGGUGCUGAGCAUUGUGUAUGUAACUAUGCCUUUGUAUUUAAAGAAAGAGACAAAUCUGA